GGUGGACGAGAAGCGAGGAGAAGCAGCUACACUCCUCAGUGUCGCGCUGCCUGCCGACUUCAUUGACCACCUACCCUACCCUACCCUACCCUAUCCCGACCGCCGUCGGCCCAACAUGGCUUCUGGCGAGGAGCCGCCCGGCGAGAAACACCCCGCCGAUGUCCAGGUGGAGUUGGAGCCCGAGCCCGGGCGCGAACCCGUGGAGCAGCAGUAUCUGCCUCCUGGUGACGAUGACCCGCAGCGGGAGGGCUCCCCGCAUGACCCGGAGCUCUCAUCCCUGAGUAACAUGAGCCAGUUCUCCACGGGAUUCAGCGUUGAUUCGGACACCGACUCGGCCAUGGGCGAUCUCUCGGGGAGCAUGUCGACGACAUCUGUGAGAUCUAGUAUAUACGAGUUCGUCCAGGAGCAUGGAAGGACAUUCCAUAAAUAUAAGCAAGGCCGUUAUUGGAUGCCGAAUGAUCCCAUUGAGCAGGACCGUCUGGAUCUACAACAUGCAGUGUUCCUCAUGCUUCUCAAGGGCAAGCUGAACCUGGCACCCAUUGAGAACCCGCAGUCCGUUCUAGAUAUCGGGACGGGUACCGGUAUCUGGGCCAUCGAGUUUGGUAGGAAGAUCCGUGACCCCCAAUCGUUUCUGGCUUCGCAGCUUGCUUGGCCAGCCCUCUUGCUCUCUGGCCAGCUCUUGCUGACAUCUGCCGCCCUUACCUUAGCAACGCAGAACCCUUCAGCCGACGUCCUCGGGACUGAUCUCAGCCCGAUACAGCCAGAGUACGUCCCCGCGAACUGCCACUUCGAAGUAGACGACGCGGAAGACGAGUGGGUCUACUCGCAGCCCUUCGACUUCAUCCACCUGCGCCUCAUGUUCCACACCUUCAAGUCGCACCGGCGGGUGAUCGACUCCGCGCUCGAGCACCUGUCGCCGGGUGGGUGGCUCGAGUGGCAGGACUACUACUGCCAGCUGCAGUGCGUCGACGACACGCUGGCGGGCACGGCGCUGGAGCGCUGGGUGCGCCUGUACAUUGAGGGGGGCGGGCGCCUGGGCCGCGACAUGCUGGCGCCGCGGCGGUACAAGCGCCUGAUGGAGGACGCCGGGUUCGUCAACGUCGUCGAGGAGAGGCUCGCCAUCCCGGGGAACGCGUGGCCGCGCGGCCGCGAGCAGAAGCUGCUCGGGCUGUGGCAGAUGACUAACUUCCUCGAUGGCAUACACGCCGUCAGUAUGACCAUCUUCACGAGGGGGCUCGGCAUGACGGCUGAGGAGGUGGAGCUGCUGCUUGUGGAUGUGAGGAAGGAUAUCAAGAACCUGGGGGUGCAUUUCUAUUUCCUGACAUACUUUGUCUAUGGCCAGAAACCUUUACAACCCAAGGACGACGGCAACAACGGCGACGACGGCAAUGACGGCGACGAGCAAUGACAAAGAUAAGGAGUUCUACCUUAUUUAUUGGUUUCAUAUCAGUGUUUGGUUAUAUAUACAUACCUAUGUACGACACCCGGGUCGGGCAAUGGGUUGAUGGGC